AGUUGCCGCCUCCCGCGGGUGCCAUGGGUUGGGAGGAGAAGCAGGUCCGUGGGUACAGCGAGUUCGUGCAGACGGCGCAGCGCUACCACGGCCGGCCUAUCUUUGCGCUCUUCUGCGGCGACAAGGAUGCCGAGGGCCGGAGCUGGUGCCCGGACUGCGUGACGGCUGAACCAGUUGUGAGGAAGGAACUUCAUAACAUGCCUGAUGAAUCAGUGUUCAUCUACUGUCUUGUUGGAGACAGAGCCUACUGGAAAGAUCCUAACAAUGAAUUCAGGAAGAAUCUGAAACUAACAGGAGUGCCUACACUGCUUAAAUACGGAACACCUCAGAAGUUGGUUGAAGAAGAAUGUUUUAAAGCAGAUCUUGUGCGUAUGUUGUUUACUGAAGACUAAUUCCUUCAGUAGUCAAUCAUUUAUGAAGAUUUUUAUCUUGUUAACUGUGUUGUGCUUUCGUGGAAUCCUCGCCUUUUUUUUUUCCUCCCAAGCUAUCAUGGUAAAUUACUUUUGACUAAUCAAGAUAAAUGUCAUUAAAUUCUAGGUUCAAACCUUCCACUAAAGUCUUGCAACAAAAAACUGUUCUCUUUUCUUUUUUGUUGAAAUAAAUUUGAGUUUGCCAAGUCUCUUUA